GCUUCAUACCUUAAGUUUUUCGGCUAAUAAAAUGUUGAGUUUAUAGUAAAUCAUAUUGUUUGUUGUUUCAGUGUAUGAGGAUGCGAGCCGGUGUGUGGUGGAGCGCGGCGGCGCUGACGCUGCUCGCCGUCACCAGCGCAUUGAGGACCACACAGGUCGAAGGUGCGUCGAGAACAAGCCGAAGGCUGCCAGCACCAACAGCUGCAGAUGGCAACAAUGUACCCAGUUCUGGUCAAGAAACCGUGCAACCAACAUUCAGGCCUAGAACGAGUAGGAGACGAGAGGAAACUACUACUGCGCCAAGAGAAGUAACGCGGACGAGGACGAGAUACAGGCCAGAGGUUGCAACGACCACGGAACAACCACAAGCUUCAAGUGCUAAAAACGAACGAUUCGAUUCGAGAAGAACUCGGACGCGCAGUCAACCAAUUAACAAUGAACCUAACAAAGACGCUUCACUAACAAGAGAAUCUUCAAUUCGGAACAGGUCUAGAGGAGGUAGUAGACGACCUACUUCAGCUGCCACAUCAACUCAGGCACCUGUAGAAUUGACGUCUCCCAUUAUUGACGAAAGCAGAAUUGAAGUUAUAAAUUCUAACUUAGAUGACAUUACAAAAAUAACUAAAGAAGAUACCGCUACAACACAAUUUAGACGUAGAAGUUCUGUGGCUCCAAGUACUGAGAGCGUAGCACCGAGGAAAUCACGCGGGCGAGUCAAUAAUAGAGCAAACGCAAGGUCUCUAGAUCUCGCCGUGUCAGGCACGACUAACACUUUAUCGAUUGCCGACCCCACUACAGCUCGAACAUCUGCUGACUUGAGAAAUUCUAGGAAGUUAAGAUAUAAAACUCGGCCAUCGGAAACAGAUACAAAUUUAACAGGUGAAGGACUCGUUACAGCUAACGAAGUCAUUAAGUCUAGUCAGAAUAAAGAGAGUAUUACUAGUCAAGCAGAAACCCAAACUGCCGCUCCAACAGUUGUUGAAACUAUUGUUCAACAGAGCACAGAACCGAACAAACCGAAAACAACGACUUUGAAAGUGACGAAGGUUGUAAGACGCCCUUUAGGAAGAGGAAAGUUAAACUUUAGGCCAACUGUUACAUUGCCUAAAACUCCGGUGGAAGAUGACAUUUCUGAAGAUGACAAUUAUCCUGAGAGUUUUAAGGCAUUGAUACAAGCCAAAAAUGCGUCGACACAGGCGAGCUCUCCAACCAGCGAGAGUUUGUCACUGAAAGCAUCUCAAAAAGUUUACAAAUCCUUCUCCUCGUCACCACAGUCAACACUUACUGGACCUGGCACAAACAAAUACUCAAGGCUACGCAACAAAGCGGCCGCAGAAAAUUCAAAAAACGAAAAGGAAGAUUCUGAGAGGAAAGCGUUCGAAACUACUGUUGCACCGGAAGCGUCGAAGCCUACUUCAGAAUAUAAACCGAGAGGCUCUUAUGCCCCAAGAAGUAGGAAGUCUACCUUUACUUCGUCGUCAACGUCCAACAGUAACUCCCAAAGUACGGAGAAACCAAUUUUCAAAUAUAGCAGGAAGUUCAAAGCGUCUACAACGGAAUCUCCUAAAUCGGAAGUAAUUAAGAGUAAAACAGUUGAUUCGAAUAACGCGGUAAAAAAAUCAUUUGUGCGACCCGCAGUUUACUCAAGAAAAUUUAAGGGUAAAUCACUAAGCAGCACCGAAAUGUCAUCAACAGAAAGUGUAAAAAAUGAAAUAUCUGAAAACAUUCCUAAAAAAAUGACUUUACCAAGAACUUCAUAUUAUUCAAGACUGAGAAACAACGUUAAAAAUGAAACAACUACAACAACAACUGAAUCUGUAACCGAAGCAAGCAGUGAAACUCCUCCGAAGAAAACCGAGGAAACACUUGACACUCCUCUUGUGUACGCUUUACUAAACAAUUCAGAAGAAGGAGAAGCGGUAAGGGUUGCUAAACAACCAGAAAAUAAUAACAACCAAAUGUUUUUGAUAUCAGUCACAAGUACAGAAUCUUUUGAAAAGACAAAUAACGACGUACUUAAUACGGCAGAAGAAUCUGAAAAUAUGCCCGUUAUUAACCUUACACCGACUAUAACAUCGAGACAUGACACUGACAGAUACAGAUAUCAUGCUAAUUACAAAGAUCAUAACGCAACGAAUGAUAUCGAAAAGGAAAAGCCGUCCUCAACUGUAUUCCCUCCUGUAAGAAAUCUACAAACAAGAAAAUAUGGACGUAAUCGUAAAUCUAAAGAUGGUUCAGAGACCGGUUCUGUAACGACUCCUAAACCUAGAGACAGAAGUAUUAGGAAGUACAGUGAAUCUUUCUCCAAGACGACCGAGGCCUCAACAAAUGGGAUAACGCCUGAACCAGAUAAAUCUAAGAGUAGGUUCAGUUCUAAAUACAGAGCUGCAUAUCUAGAUAAACCAUUUUACAAACCCACUGUACCUACCAUUACAUCAUCAACUGUAGAGGGAGAAGAGAUACAAUUAGGGCCAGACAUGAACGCUAUUUCCUUUACUCAGACACGAAGGACACUGUCCUCAGCAGACUUGAAACUGUCCGAGAGUCUGGUUAAGCCUUCACAUGUAAUGAACGUUGAGGCAUCACAUCACUCGCCGUCAGUUACUAUCUCAAUAUUUGAUGCUCUUGCUGAAAUACUCACGUCCACACCCAAACCACGAAUUUCGUCAACAACUGAAGUAACGAAAAUCCAAAACCUUAAUACUGAUGUUAAACAAAUACUCAACGGCGUGAGUAGCAACAUUAAUGUAAAUAGUGUCGGAGGCUUACCGAGUCUGGACACAUUAAUGUCGACCAACGCCGAUGUAAGCACUACUACUAAAUCUGUACAGCCCACUGUUCAGGCCACACCAAAUGUGAUUAACAGUAUUUUGGUCGAGGGAACUGUUACACAGUCACUAAACACAGAGAACGGAAAUGUUAAUCCUGUGAAUACACCGCAACCUCCCACUCCCACUCCCACUACUCCUGUUUCCGCAAGGAGACCAUUUGCCAUAAGAGUGUUAUACUCCGAUACAGAACCGCCUACAGACAAACCCACGACUGCAUCUACACCAACUCAGGGAUCGACUGACAGCCCGAAAAUGGUAUAUAACACUGUGUCUGAUCUUUUGUUGUCCAAUAACAAUUUAGUAUCUUCUGAACUAACUAGCAUGUUGUCAAAUAACAUUAUAAAUAUUAUAGAAAAUAUGGAUGAGAAUAGUAGAUCGAAGUUAAAAAGUUUAGAUAUGGCGAAAGUUUUAAGGAGUUUAAUCCCCCGAGCUUUAGAUGGACUUGCGACUGUACUAGACAAUGCUGAUUCGAUUCCAAUCACAACACCUUACAGUUUGGAGGACAUUAAGGAUACUGAAAAUAUUGAUAUUGAUGGUAUAGAAUCCAAUAAUGCUCUCCAAAGUGUAGACACAGCCAGUACUGUAAAUAUCACUGUAGAUAAUAGAAUUGUACCCAAUAGUGUUACACAAUCCCCCACUACUGUAAAUAGCCCUGUCACACAGGGGGCCACAACAAGCACAAGGUCUGUAUCUAACAGCCAGGCGACGACAGUUGCUUCUAUAACUACAGCCGCAGUUACUUCUGAACAAUCUAGUUCUGCAGCUCAAAAUACUUUGACAACCACUACAGCAAUUCCUGCGUCGUCUGUCUCUGUAGAUACAGACUCAGUAAAUGUAGAUAAUGUAAGUGACAAACUUACUGAUACUAACAAACUUGUUCCUUUACCUUUUCUUACAAACUUCCAAAGCGGAGAUUUCACCACCAGCGAUUCAGGUGAAGUAGAUGACACCGCCACAACGCCAAUUAUAAAAUCCUUAUCCUUAGCAUCCUCUUCAGUAUCACCACCACGUGAUAAUGAUGAUAUACAGGAUCCUAGUCAGAUAUCACGAUUACAAUUAUGGGUACUAUCAAAAAAAGCUAGAGUACUGAAAAUGAUAGAAGACAUUAUCCGACAACACAAUGACGAAAUAGCUACGGCCCCACCAUUGACUGAUUUUGUUAGCCCAUCUGGCAACAUUAAUUUAUCAGAACGAUUGACUAAUAUAAUGAAUACAAUGAUUUCCACGACUGAAUCUGUGACGACCAAUGACGUAGAUUCCUCCUCUCCUAUGCCAUCCCAAUCCUUUGUCAUCAAUCCUCUUUCCACCCUCAAUUUAGAAACAACUACAAGUGGGACUCCACCUAGUCUCACCACAAUGGCAGCAUCCUCAGAUAUGGUAACAACUACUGUUCCAUCUACAACUGUGUCAAUUUCUUCUCGUUUCGGCUCUGAGGAAGCAACGGGUUCGUCUUCUGAUGUUACUACCAUAACCCCUGAAAAUUAUGUUACCAUCAAUGACAUCACAAGUACCACACCUACACCCACUACAGAUGGUGCACCAGAUGAAGUGUUGAGUCGACUUCAAGAUGGUACUGUCACAACAACAGAUGCUACUACAGAGACAAUGGAAACAACAACAGCUGCGGCUAACGCCGAGAUGACAACACAGCUGGAUGUCGAAACGACUACAGUCAACACAGACACAACAACAAUCACUGACGCUUCAGACAACAACACUACACAAACAACUGUUAGUACUUUGAGCGUUGGAACACCCGCUAUUCCGAAAAAAGAUUACGUCAUUUUCGGAAUAUUGCCUAACAAUACAGUGAUUACUCCAACGGCACUUAAUAUUAAAAGCAGUAACGGUAUAACUACCACAAUUAUGCCAGAAAAAAGCACUGCCUCGCAUGUAUUGAAUUUACGCACAACAACAAUGCUACCUUCUAUUGAUGAGAUUCUGCUUAAUAGUAUAUCUUCGGCCGCUAAACAGGAGAUGGUCAUAUCAGAAAUGACGAGCUCUACUCGCGAACCAAGAAUAUUAACACUGGAUAUUGAUCCGGAGACGAAGCAAAUACGAACGGAAAAACCUGGAGAAGGUGACGGUGGAGCGGUAUUUAAAUUUAUACCUAUAGACGAGGUUAUGGUACAACCACAAAACACGAAUGUAUUGCAACUGGCUUCUACAAAAUCUCCUCCGUCUACAAACUCAAUACAAUCUGAAACUCAGUCGAUGCAAACAGUGACCGAAAUAAAUAUGCAGACACCACCAAUACAAAUACAAGAGACUACUGCAAACGUCGCAACAACGACUACUCAAGGAACAACGAGUGUUGGCCCUGAAACAACUGUGGUAUCUUCGCUAUUUACGAGUGCUCCAGUAACUGAAUCAAUUACUACAACUGAGGCAACAACACUACCACCUACAACGACUACAACGGCAGCGCCUACUACUACCACAACUGAGCCUACGACUACUAUAACCACAACCACAACUACUACAACAACAACAACGCCGGCCCCGACGACAACAACUACGAGUACUACAACUACAACUCCGGCCCCCACCACUACUACGGCUCAGACCACAACGACACAGUUGCCAACAACAACGCAACCUACAACAACAUUUCAACCUACAACCUUAAGUCUUCAGGAAGAGUUAAAGAGAUAUCAAGAUGAUGUGCAGUUACUGCAAACUCUACUUCAGGCCACGGGACGAAAUCCUAAAACCUUGAAUCUUAACCUGAAUCCACUAGGGCUGGAUGAUUUUACAACAACUGUUAGACCAACAACUACAACCAGAGCAACAACUACUACAACCAGAGUACCAACAACUACUCGACCAGCAACUACCACUCCAACAAAUGACCCAGCGAAACUGUUGCAAGCAUUAUUCACAAAUCAAAACAACCCAUCAACGUUAUCUAUUCCAAACCUUGGCGGCAACUUGAGAGUGACAACUCGACAGCAAGCCACUACUACAUCUCGAUCUAUAGAAGAGGAUAUUAAACAGUUCGAAGCAGACACAAAAUUGUUGCAAGCUCUUUUACAAGCUACAGGCCAAAACCCUGCCUCUCUAAACAUACCCACAUUAGAUAGUCUAACAACCCUUAGAGUUCCUACUACAAUACAAACUACUCCACCAACAACAACGCCAAUAACAACCACAACGCCAACAACUACCACAAGACCAACAACAACACAAACAAUUGAAGACGACCUCAAACAAUUCCAAGAGGAUACAAAAUUAUUGCAGGCUCUUUUACAGGCAACAGGUCAAAAUCCAAACAAUUUGAACAUCCCAGUAAUAUCUGGUGUAACGUCCAACGUAAGAAUCGCUUCGAACAUUCAAACAACGUCGCUAGGGUCAAACCCAACAACACCCUUGAACGUUAGGCCUGUAUAUACGACUACUAACGGGCCAGUGUUUCAGACCUUCGCUCCUAGAUCAGUUACUACUACUACGUUACAGCCUGUGACCGGGAUUUCUACAACUUUCCAACCUUUCAACCGGGGAAGACAAACCACAACUGUUAGGAGUGCCCCAACAACACUGACUGGUCGUCGGGCGCCGUUCAAUGGGUUUACAUCCACCACAGAAAUGCCAAGCUCUUCCACCUUCUCUGUUGAAGAAGAUUUGGCUUUCUUGAACAAUUUGAAAACUGUUCUAAAAACAAAUCCUAACAACGAAGAUCCUGAGGCAGCUCUCGCCAAUCGUAUCAUAGCACUUGCUGUUGAAAAAAGCCUCAAUGAGAUACAAACCGGCACUAGUGAAACAGUCCGUACUGGGAAAAAUAUAGAUGUCAGUGGAAACAACUUGAUACUAUCUACAAAUAGACCUGUGACUACAACAACAACACCUACAACCACAACCACUACAACAACUACAACCACACCAAGACCAACCACCACACAGCGACCAACAACAACUGUCAAUGGACCAUCCAUAGAAGAUGAUAUCCGACAGUUCCAAGAAGAUACUAAGCUACUCCAAGCUUUACUUAAAGCUACAGGACAAGAUCCAUCCAAACUCAAUAUACCCACACUACCCAACCUGAAUGUGAGUCCCAAUCUACCAAAUGGUGCUAACGAUGACUUGAACCUUCUCUCAAAUCUGCUAGCUUCACCAUCGCCGCUGAACGAACCUUUUGAUUCGCUUACUCCGAAACCUCCCGCUAACAGUAAUGUUAAGGGAUCUAAAAGCAGUGUACCGACAACAGCUUUGCCGUAUGGCGCAAAGAUAGCUGUUAAGGAUGACUUAAAAAGUGAACAAGAUGAUGAAAAGUUGUUACAAACUUUGAUCAAAUUACAGGGCGCACAGGAGACUACGACGCAAAAGAGCAAACUUACUAUAACAGGACAAUCGUCAGAUGAGGCCUUGAAAAAUCUAAUUCAACAAACACAGCCAACCGGCGGCAUGGUCUCUGAGGCCACGCGAGCGCCUAUGUCUUUAAGCACCGAGUAUGGGAAGAGCAACGACGCGUUGCUGGCUGCUUUGUUGAAGGAGCAAGGCUUCGGUCCAACUACGGCAAGUUCCUUGGAUGAACAACUUCGACUCGCUGCUUUACUGAACCAAGUGGUAGUGACGCCGAAGGCGAGGCGGACGACGACGCCUCCGCCGCCGCCACCGCCGGCGCCGCGCAGGCCCAUCCUGGACGGGCUGGCGUGGCUGUGGCAGCAGUGGCGGGAGACGGCGCCGGGCCCGGGCGGGGCGCCGCGCCCCAGCCGGCGGCCCGAGCCCGCGCCCGCCGCGCGCCCCGCGCCCUCCGUCGCCUCCUCAACUAGCAAUAGGGUCAACUGGUUUGGCUCUGGGCCUUUCGUCGGCAACGCUGAUGAUAGACCAACAAAUCGAAUACCGCUGGAGCCACCGAGGGCCGUGGCCUCCGAGCAGUCCCCAGGGAGAGGGCAGCUUGUGUCCGCGGCUAUUAACGUCACGAGAGCAUUCUCACAGUUCUUAGGAGCUGCGAUACAGGGUGCUGCCCAAACGGUCCAGAGUGUAAUCCGGGCCGGACAGCGAGCCGCAAGCGACGCCUACGUCAACGGAUCCGGCGGUUCCGGGUAAACCGGACAACCGAACCUCUGUUCAUAGGACUCCAAGAGUUGGACUCGAAACUUUUACGAAAGUGUCAUAGUACGCACUAUGUGUUGCAAGUGCUCAAAUGUAAAUAGUCGGUGAUAAAGUGUAAGUUUUCAUUACGUCGAUUUUGGAAAUGUCUUUAAAAAAGUUCGGUUAUAUCCUCGCAAUGGAUCAAAACAUGUUGGGUAACUAACUGGCAUAAAUGCUUUCGUGUUUUUAUAAAAAAGAAAAAUAAAUUGAUUUUGCGAAAAAUGUUGAGCAUCUAUGACAUUAGUUACCCCUCCCAUGUUUUCGUAGAACUAAAUUCCUUAAACAGUUCCUAAGCAGAGGUGUCAAACAUUUUCGAUCGACGUAACUGAAUAGGAAACUAAAUGACUUUUGUAAUAUAUUUUGUAAAUUUAAAUGAGCGUCAUCUUAGGUUGAAAACCUAAUCGUCUGAUCUAGACUUAGGUAAACAAUGUGAUGUUAGCACUACCUUAGUCUGUAUUAUUUAAAAAUAUUAUUAUUCAUUUCUGACUAUUUUUGUUUUUAAGAAACUAAAAAUAUACAACUAUUGUAUUUUGUUUCUAUGAGAUGAUUUACGCUUUUAUAGAGAAAAUUCUCGGUAAAUUGGUUCGCUUAGCAUUUAUAUGGGUUAAAAUUGGUAGCUUUCUUUUAUUUAAACAUUCAAUUAUAAUAAUCGGUGAUCAUUUGUAUUAAGCAUAAAAACUCAUUGAACUACAAUCUUUAAAAAAGUACUUACCCUACAAAUUCAGAAUAAUUUAAUGCUUGCUGAAAAAGUCGGAAACGUCAGUUAAUUUGGAAAUGAUUCUGAUGUCAUUUCUACGAGUGUCUUGAUUUAGAUAUUAAUAAAAAUAAUUCGAUUAGUUAUUUUAUCAUUAUAAUUCGACGAUGUAACUCUAGUUGUAAGUAUCUUUGUAAUUUUAAGCCUAAUUGUGCAUUUACAUCGAAGUUACGGUUUGUAAAGCAACUUAAAGACUCAAAACACAAAGAUUAUUUUUGUUUAAAUCAAAUAUUCUAUUAUUCCACAAUGCCAAUAUUCAAUCAACAAAUUCUGCGUCUUUCAAGUUUUUUUUUUAAGAUAAACUAAAAAUAUUAAUGAUAAAAAUAUAACCCCUACCUCAGAAAUGCUAAAAAGGUGAAAAACCGUCACGUUUUUUUUUAAACAGUUUGCUUUUUUGUUUUUUUGUAAAGUUUUCUAAACAAAAAGUAACUUUGAUGUGGACGCACCUUUACAUGUGCCAUUAGCACGUGCUUGAUGUACUCGCUUCUACGUUCUUCAGCUUUUAUUUAUUUAUUUAAGACAAACUUCAAUUAUCUGAAUUUCCAGUCUGGUUCUUUAUAAUAUUUGAAAACGCUUAAAUUAUAAAAAAUGGUAACCAUU